AUGGAUCGGAUCAGUUUGGGUCGGCCCGUUUCUUAAGUCACUUGCUUAUAAUGAGGUUACUCGGUUUAUGUUUAGUAAUUUUAGUGGGCAGUUUAACAGGAGGAUUCUCCGACGAGGUGGAAAUAGAACUAGAUGAACACCCCGAUGAAUGGUACCAUCCUGACCUUCUGGAAGAUCACAACCAAUUGGAAUCUCGAAGUACCUACGAUGAGCGAACUAUCGACUACUGGGUUAAGUUGGGCCAGGAAACGGUGGAUCGGAACGCCAAUCGUAAACCGAACGAAAAUGUGGCGAAGAAUGUGAUUAUGUUCCUCGGUGAUGGAAUGUCCAUUUCUACGGUGGCGAUGGCACGGGUCUAUGCCGGGGGUGAGGAUGUUCCGUUGGCUUUUGAUAGGUUUCCGGAUAUCGGGAUGUCGAAAACUUACUGUAUAAACGCCCAGGUGGCGGAUUCUGCUUGUUCGGCAACAGCUUAUCUAACUGGGGUCAAAGGUAAUGAUGGAACCAUUGGGGUUAAUGGUCAGGUACCGUUGUUUGAUUGUGACGCUGCCAUGGACGAAAGUACUCAUACUCAUUCGAUGGCCAAAUGGGCAAUGGAUGCUGGGAAGGAUGCCGGAUUGGUUACGACGACCCGGGUUACACACGCUUCGCCGGCCGGAGUUUAUGCCCACAUUGCUAUGCGUGAUUGGGAGGAUGAUUACUACAUGGUGGUCGAUGGAUGUGAUCCGGAGAAAUUGGAAGACAUUGCCGAGCAGUUGGUUCAUGGGGAUACUGGCAAGAGGUUGAAGGUUAUUUUAGGCGGUGGAAGACGAAACUUCCUGGACCGAGAUAUCCUAGAUGUAGAGUACGGAUCUCGAGGUUACAGAGGGGACGGUAAGGACUUGAUCACCGAAUGGUUGGAACUUCAGGAAGAAGGCGAAACACGUAGCUAUGUUUGGAACCGAACUGAUCUUCUCUCAGUUGAUCCUAAGCAGACUGAUAGGUUACUUGGGUUGUUUGAACCAAGCCAUUGCGCCUACAACUUGGAUAGGAUAAGUCGGCAAAUGGAGGAAGAACCGACCUUGACCGAGAUGGUCGAUAAGGCUACCGAUAUUUUGAGUAAGAAUGAAAAGGGCUUCUUCCUAUUUGUUGAAGGUGGCCGAAUCGAUCACGGUCAUCACGAUAAUCAUGCCAAAUAUGCCGUUGAUGAAACGGAGCAGUUAUCCAAGGCCAUCGAGUUUGCUAGGAAGAAGUUUAGCGAUGAAGAUACGCUGAUUGUGGUCACCUCGGAUCACUCUCACAGUGUUAGCUUUGCAGGUUAUCCGAACCGAGGAAACGACAUUUUCGGAACCGCGGGAUCCGGAGGCGAUGGGGUACCCUACAUGACCAUUAGCUACGGGAAUGGGCCAGGUUUCUCGAACCAUAUUGAUGUGGAGAAGGGUGGUCGUCGAGAUGUUCGAAAUAUGGAUACCAGCCCCAAUAACUUCCGGUUUCCAACGACUCUUCCGCUUUCGUCGGAGACUCACGGUGGGGAGGAUGUGGCAGUGUAUGCUUCCGGUCCGUGGUCUCAUUUGUUUACGGGGACUUAUGAACAGAACACCAUUCCACAUAUGAUGGCGUUUGCUGCGUGCAUUGGAAAUGGCGCCAAGGCAUGUGAUUUGUAGGUUGAGCUUAUAUAUUUUUAACUUUAAUUUUA